AUGGCGAAGCCCAAGCUCACGUACUUGGAUGUGAAGGGCUUUGGUGAAGGCAUCCGGCUCACGCUCUACGUCGGGAAAAUCGACUUUAUCGAUCACCGGGUGAGCUAUGAAGGCGUCAAGGAGUUGAACGACCAAGGCAAACUACCUUAUGGCCAAGUGCCCAUCCUUGAGGUGGACGGGGAGAUCUUCUCACAAUCUGUGGCGAUCUUGCGCUGGGCUGGGCAACUUCGCUGCGACUCCAUUGAGGAAGCGUUGACCGACAUUAAGAAGCUCUUUCCUCCAGUGUGGUAUGGAUCCAUUUUGGGACGAAAUCCCAUUACCAAGGGACCGAUGGUACCAAUCCCGGAACCGAUGCGUGACGAGGUGCUGAAGGGUUUAAACGAGACUGUUCUCCCAGCCCGCUUUGCUCAACUUGAGCGGGCCUUGAAAAAGUCUGGUGGACCGUACUUUUGCGGUGAAGACAUGAUGUCGUGUGACAUCAGCUUCUACGUGGCUCGGUUGCACCAGACAUUGGUGCACUCUUGGAAGCAGAGGUCAAGUGCAGAAAGAUAG